GCCCGAGGCGUGUUGUGACUCACAGCAGCUGCCGGUCUCGCGUGGUGACGCAGCUGUUUUUUCUCGGCUAGGUCUGCUGUAACGGACGGAGGCCGCCUGAGCUGCGGAGUUGCAGAAUCUGGCGUUCGGAGCUGCGGUUCUUGGCGAGAUUUCGCGUUGCCCGUCUUCAGCCGUUUCACCGAUAAUCAGCGGAUCGCUUUGCCAAGUGCCGGGAAGAACAAAGGAAUUCGGAAGGAGACUCUCGGCUCCCGGCCGCCUUUCUCUGAGUGGCUUCGUUUCUCGCUCGCGCCUGUCCGGAGAGACUGGACUUAUAACCGUCACUGGAUUGUAAGUACCCGAGGCGAAGAGAGCUCACGACGCCCCGCUUUUUGCGUAUCUUUGUUCCGGGAGAGUUUGUGGAUUGGGAGUAUCUGCUGAGCCUUACUUCCUGUGCCGAAAAUCAUUCCGUAGGAGCCGCCAUUUGCUUUCCCUGCGUUGUCCUGCAGCGGCAGGACAACCUCUAUCUAGAGGUUGGAACUUGGCAUUGCAGCUAACAGAUUUAAAUGGACCUGAGUAAGGCAAUGCGUCAUUAACGACUGGUAUUGUCACAGCAUAUUUAGAAAGACUUGGGACUUAAUUCCGAAUAGACGCUUAGUUGCUGUUCUACCUAGAACUCUUUGUAAUUAAAGACGUCAAUUUAUAAGAGUCACAAAGAAAUAAAGAUGAGUAAGAGCAAAGAUGAUGCUCCUCACGAACUAGAGAGCCAGUUUAUCUUACGCCUACCUCCGGAGUAUGCCUCUACUGUGAGGCGGGCGAUACAGUCUGGUCAUGUCAACCUGAAGGACAGACUGACAAUUGAGUUACACCCUGAUGGGCGUCAUGGAAUUGUCAGAGUGGACCAGGUCCCAUUGGCGUCAAAAUUGGUAGAUCUGCCAUGUGUUAUGGAAAGUUUGAAAACCAUUGAUAAAAAAACCUUUUACAAGACAGCUGAUAUCUCUCAGAUGCUUGUCUGUACAGCUGAUGGUGAUCUCUAUCCUCCUGUUGAGGAACCAGUUGCCACUGCUGAUCCCAAAGCAAGCAAGAAAAAGGAUAAGGACAAAGAGAAAAAGUUUAUAUGGAACCAUGGAAUUACUCUGCCUCUAAAAAAUGUCAGAAAGAGAAGGUUCCGUAAGACAGCAAAGAAGAAAUAUAUUGAGUCUCCAGAUGUGGAAAAAGAAGUAAAGCGGUUGCUGAGCACAGAUGCUGAAGCUGUCAGUACCCGUUGGGAAAUAAUUGCUGAAGAUGAAACAAAAGAAGCAGAAAGUCAAGGCCUUGAUAUCUCUUCCCCAGGAAUGUCUGGCCACAGGCAGGGCCAUGACCCAUUAGAACAUGAUGAGCUUCGGGAGAUAUUCAAUGACCUCAGCAGCAGCAGUGAAGAUGAAGAUGAGACACAGCAUCAAGAUGAAGAAGAUAUAAACAUCAUUGACACUGAGGAAGAUCUGGAAAGGCAGCUACAGCACAAGCUAAAUGAGUCAGAUGAACACCACCAAGAAAACGAGGAAACGAAUCAGCUGGUUAUGGGAAUUCAGAAACAGAUUGAUAACAUGAAAGGCAAGCUCCAAGAGACCCAGGACAGGGCAAAGCGACAGGAGGAUCUCAUCAUGAAAGUGGAAAACCUGGCUCUCAAGAGCAGAUUUCAGGCUGUGCUGGAUGAACUGAAACAAAAGGAAGACCGAGAAAAGGAGCAGCUCAGCUCUUUGCAAGAAGAGCUAGAAUCACUCCUAGAGAAGUGAGGAGAGUUUUGAUACUUAAUUUCAUUCCUGACAGUGGUCAGCCUUGAAAGAAAAACUUUGUUUUCAUCACCUGGACUAGAUAGUAAAACUUUGCAGUAGUUCCCAGUUUCCUCCACUGCCUUCUCUUGGAUUUGUUUUAUAAUUGUGAAUUUCUGUCUCAUUUGUUUUUUGGAACCACUUUGGUGGGUGUUUGUCCUGUAGUAAGUAGGAAUGUAUAGACAGAUAAAUGUAGGGAAGUUGUAGGAUUAGUGGAGUGAACAGUUCAGUUUGGUAAUUAAUCACAGCUUCACUGCAGGACUUUGCUGCUGUUUCUCCGUUUACCAGAAGCUGCCAUUGCUACUCUGUGAUGCCAUCUGAGAUAAAUUAGUAGAUUCUAGUUUGGUGGCAGUGAAGUUUGUUUACAUAUGUUUUCCCAUGCUGUAGCUAUUUUCCCAGUUAUUCAAAGCAGUUUUCCACAUUUUGCAUUGCAAAUCAUUUCAUAAAGUUGUUUUAGCAAUAAAUAAAAGCAAGUAAUUUU